AUGGAUGAGUUGUUUGAUGUUUUUGACGGCCAGGCCGGAGCCCAGAGCGCUAGCGAUUCCGAAAGAGAGCCUCAAACGUCUCGAGCCCGCGACAAGAGCAAGAAGCGUAAGGCGGAUGAGGCCAUGAAUGGCACUGCGGCUGUGGAAACCCCAAAGGAAGGCGAUGAUGGUGAUAUGGGCGACGCUACCGAGGUAUCCAAGGCGGAGGAGUCCGAGGAGGAGGAUUCAGAUACCCCCAGCCAACAAGACAAAAAGAGACGAAAGAAGGAGGAUGGUACCGGGCCUGUUAUGACGGAUACGUUUCAAACAGCCACGUCAAGAGAAGUCGCUGGUGCGGCAACUCUGAUACCGCAGGAUUCGUCCUUGGUUUUGUCGCAUAACAUUCAGCACCAAGUUGCUUUGCCACCCGAUCUGGACUACGAAUACGUUCCCCUGUCGGAGCACAAGUCGCCUGACGAGCCUGCGAGAACAUGGAAUUUCAAGCUGGACCCUUUCCAAAGCUUGUCGGUGGCGUCAAUUGAACGGGAUGAAAGUAUUCUUGUGUCGGCUCACACUUCUGCUGGCAAAACAGUUGUUGCUGAAUACGCCGUGGCGCAAUGUUUGAAGCGCAACCAGCGAGUCAUCUACACCAGUCCCAUCAAGGCGCUUAGCAAUCAAAAAUAUAGAGAUUUCGAGGCAAUCUUUGGAGAUGUCGGUCUGAUGACUGGUGAUGUUACAAUCAACCCCACGGCGAGCUGCUUGGUCAUGACUACUGAAAUUCUGCGAUCUAUGUUAUACCGUGGCUCAGAGAUUAUGCGAGAAGUCGCCUGGGUUGUUUUCGACGAGAUUCACUAUAUGCGAGACAAGACUCGAGGUGUUGUGUGGGAGGAGACCAUAAUCAUGCUUCCCGACAAGGUUCGAUACGUCUUUUUGUCCGCCACCAUCCCCAAUGCCUUUCAGUUUGCCGAGUGGAUUGCCAAGAUUCAUCACCAGGCUUGCCACGUCGUGUACACAGACUUCCGACCCACGCCUCUGCAGAAUUACUUUUACCCCUCUGGCGGCAAGGGCGCGCGAAUUGUGGUCGAUGAGAAGGGCAACUUCAAUGAGCACAACUUUAAUCUCGUUAUGAAAGAGAUUGAGGAUAAGAAGGGUGCCGGCUCCAAUGACAUCAACGCGAAGCAAAGGGGCAAGGGCAAGAACAAGAAGAUCAACAAGGGCGGUGUGGACGAAGGUUCCGACAUACACAAGAUCAUUCGUAUGACCAUCAAGAAGAAGUUUAACCCUGUCAUUGUGUUCAAUUUCAGCAAGGCAGAGUGCGAGAAUAUGGCCUUGAAUAUUUCCAGCCUGUCGUUCAAUGACGAUUCCGAAAAGGCCAUGGUGAGGAAGGUUUUUCACAGCGCCAUUGAGAGUUUGUCGGAGCAAGAUCGAGAACUGCCUCAAAUCAAGAACUUGCUUCCUCUUCUGGAGCGAGGCGUUGGCGUGCAUCACUCAGGUUUGCUGCCGAUUCUAAAGGAAACCAUUGAGAUUUUGUUUCAAGAGUCUCUUCUUAAAGUUCUCGUUGCCACCGAGACCUUCUCCAUUGGAUUAAACAUGCCUGCCAAAACGGUCGUCUUCACCCAAGUCACCAAAUGGGAUGGUGUCAAGAGACGGCCUAUCACGUCGUCCGAGUACAUUCAGAUGGCGGGUCGUGCUGGACGUCGUGGUCUCGAUGCUCGCGGUGUGGUCAUCAUGAUGAUUGACGACAAGCUUGAACCGGAUACCGCCAAGGGUAUUGUGACGGGUCACCAGGAUAAGCUCAAUUCCGCAUUUUACCUAGGAUACAACAUGAUUCUCAACCUGCUGCGAAUUGAGGCGAUUUCACCCGAAUUUAUGCUUGAAAGGUGCUUCCAUCAGUUCCAGAAUGCCGCCAGCGUCCCCUCGUUGGAGAAGGAACUGAUGUCGCUGCAACAAGAGCGAGACGGACUCUCCAUACCCGACGAGGCGACAAUCAAGGAUUACUACCAGAUUCGACAGCAACUCAACUCGUAUACUGAAGACAUGCGGGCCGUCAUCCAGCAGCCCACCCACUGCAUAGAGUUUCUUCAGCCAGGACGCCUGGUGCAGAUAUACAACCCCAAGGAAGCUCAUGAUAACGUUACAGGAGGCCUCGACUUUGGAUGGGGUGUCAUCGUCAAUCACUAUCCUCGACGGGCGCCCAGACUUGGUGAACCCGAGUGGGAACCGCAGGAAUCGCACAUCAUUGAUGUUAUGCUACCUAUUUCGGCAUCAAGUGCCGACAUUACUCCUGGCCAGCCGACUGGAGCCAUGCCGCCUGGCCUCAAACCUGCUGGCGCAGACACCGCAGACACUGCUACAAUCAAUGUGGUAAUACCCUGCCUACUUACGUGCAUGAAAGCCAUCAGUCAGAUCCGCAUCUUCAUGCCCAAGGAUGGUCUGAAGGCCGAUGCGGACAAAGACCAAGCACGCAAGUCAUUGGCAGAGGUUAAGCGCCGGUUCACCGACGGCAUCCCCAUUUUGGACCCCCUGGAGAACAUGGAGAUUGUCGACGACUCGUUUAAGAAACUCCUGCGCAAGAUUGAGGUGCUCGAGUCCCGACUCCUCGCCAACCCCUUGCACAUGUCGCCCAUGCUCCCGUCCCUCUGGGACCAGUACAGCGAAAAGGUGCAGCUCAUAGAUAAAGUCAAGGAGAAGAAGAAGGCUAUUUCCAAAGCCCAUAGUAUCGCGCAAAUGGACGAACUCAAGUCGCGCAAGCGUGUUCUCCGCAGACUAGGUUUCAUCAACGAGUCGGAAGUGGUGCAGCUCAAGGCGCGCGUUGCCUGCGAGAUCUCGUCCACCGAGGGCCACGAGCUGCUGCUCUCGGAGCUCCUGUUUGACCGCUUCUUCAACGAACUGUCCCCCGAGACGUGCGCCGCCGUCCUCAGCUGCUUCAUCUUUGACGAAAAGGUGGAGACGCAAGCUCUCAAGGAGGACCUGCAGAAGCCGUACCGCGAGAUCCAGGCCAAGGCGCGCAUCAUUGCCAAGGUCAGCCAGGAGUGCAAGCUCGAUGUCAACGAGGAGGAAUACGUGACGAGUCUCAAGUGGCAGUUGAUGGAGACGGUCUACGCCUGGGCUCAGGGCAGGCCGUUUAUCGAGAUUUGCAAAAUGACAAAAACCUACGAAGGCUCGCUGAUUCGUCUCUUCCGACGACUGGAAGAAUUGCUGCGUCAGAUGGGGGAGGCAGCCAAGGUCAUGGGCAAUGAGGAUCUUGUGAAGAAGUUUGACGAGAGUUUGCAGAAGAUUAGGAGGGACAUUGUGGCUGCGCAGAGCUUGUACCUUUAA